ACAGUAUCAGUACGGCGGUGUACUCCGUGGAACUUGCAUCGUACCCGCGCCGUUGUGACUCAUACCAUCUUGUGUAUCCAUGGACAAACUCUCAAUUAUUACUAGAUGGUAGAGAGAUGUGAGGGAUGUGGCCACUCCUGGUGCUGCUUCUGACCGAGAGAUCCCUGGCCUCUCAUGACUCUGAUGACACUGACACUGUGGAACAUCGAGUCACCGCCUCCCAGGCAGCAGCAGCCCUUAGUCUUCUCAACCUAACGCAGCUGGAGGGCCAGGGGUGUCCACCCUGCACGGACAGACAGAAGGGCUACUGUCUCAGUGACGACCUACUCAUGGACCACUGUACAUGUGACCAUCGUCAUGUGGAGAGAUUACCCUAUGUAGAGCACACGUGCUACGUGCCCAGCCGCAUCCAUCCCACGUUCGCCAGCGACUGCCUGGAGUACGUGCGUCUGCUGGAGUGUUGUUGUCACGCCAGCCUGCUUCCUCUCAUGAAAAAGAAGAUGCACAACGCAAGCGAUGCCCUCCGUUUGUCUCAUUAUCUUCUCCCCAUUCUUCUCAUUUCGCGAUGGCUUCUCCUUCGCAGCACGCUAUCUGUCCAGUAGUUAGCAAGUCCCACAGAUUACUCUGUAAAUACAGUAACAGUUAGGCAAAGUAUUAUUUUCUCACGUACAAAGGCUGUGCCUGAAAACCAAAGGAACUGAGGUAUAGAGUGUAUAAAUGUAUGUACUAUUGUAAUUAUUUUAUUUUCUUAGCAAUAAAAAAUAUUUCUUUA